AUGAAGCAAAAGAUUGUCAUCCAGUUGAGCUUGUCGUGCGACAAACGACGGUCCAAAGCACUGACAAUGGCCGCCAGAGCAGCCGGGGUGACGUCGAUGGAGAUUACCGGCGACGCCAGGGACCAGCUGGAGGUUGUCGGCGACGGCGUCGACCCGGUGUGCCUCGUCAGCUGCCUCCGCAAGAAGCUCGGCCACGCCCAAAUCAUCAAGGUGGAGGAAGUGAAGAAGCCGGAGGAGAAGAAGAAGGAGGACCCGAAGCCAGAGCCCGUGCACCCGCCGCCGUACUACUUCUACCCGCCCAGCUGCUCCUACUACCCCCACCAGUACCCGCUCUACUUCUGA